AUGAAGUACUUACAAGUUUAUAUUUUUGAACUGUAUUCAUUAAUGGUGAUCAGAAAGCUGGGUGUUACAAAACAUCUUGGGCAGCAACUUGCAGAAGAUGCUGUCAGAGGAGCCUUAAGGAAAUGCAAAAGAAGAAAGAAAACUUCUAAAACUAGAGAGAGUAGAGUGAAACAAGAAUGUAUUACUCUACAGAAUGUGAUAAAGGGUCUAACACAAACCAUUGAAAACCAGUGUAAUGUGAAAGAUGAAAAUGGUAGACUGAAGGGUACCAUUGACAUCUUGGAAGAGAAAUUAAAGGCUUGUGAACAGGAAUAUAAAGAUCAGAUUGAGAAACUUAAGAUAGAGAUGAAAAACAAAGAGGAAGACCACAAACUAGAAAUAACACAGUUGAAUUGCGAGAUAAGAAAAAAAUUUGAAGUACAAGAAGUGGAGUAUAGAGAACAAAGAGAGAAAAAAGAACUGGAGAUAUUAGAGCUAACUCGACAACUGAAAAUUCAAAAUGAAGAGAAGCAGAAUGAAAUAAUUAAACUGCAGAUAGAGUUCAAUGCCAAGUUAGCAAGAGUUCAGAAUAAAACCACGAAAUCAUUUUCAGAUGCUUCUGUCUUGCCACAAAGCAUUUAUCGAAGGAAGCUGCAGCAUCUCCAGGAGGAGAAAAACAAGGAAAUUGAAAUUCUCCGAAACACCAUAAGAGACUUAGAGCAACGUCUUAAUAAAGGCCAAGACCUGCACUUGAAACGGAGGAGGUUUUGA